CGUCCUCCCUCGUUCCCCGCAUGGCAAAAGUGUUCGAGAUAGCUAUCGAUGGUCACGCAGGUGUGGGCAAAAGCACAACAGCUAAAAGAGUCGCUGAUUUCUUUGGCUAUACACACAUCAACUCGGGUGAUAUAUACCGCGCAAUUACGUAUGUAUUUCUUAAGGAAUAUGGGAGCACCAAGGAGGACUUUAGAAAGGGAUUGAACAGGGAUCAGCUUGGCUUUUUGCGCACCGUCAAGAUAGAGAAUAACAGAAACGCUUUUCUCUACAAGGGCAAACCCUGCGAGUUGCGCACAGAUGACGUAAAUGCUUUUGUGCCUUACAUUGCUCAAAUCAAGGAAGUGCGGGAUCAUGUACACAAAAUACAGAACCGUCUUAUUCGGCACGAAACCAAAGGAAUUGUUAUGGAUGGACGGGAUAUCGGUAGUAAUAUCAUGCCGAAUGCUGAGCUUAAAGUGUAUCUGACAGCAAGCGCUGAGGUCCGUGCAAUGAGAAGAUUCAAGGAAAGUGACGGCGAUUACGACGACAUCUUGGCACAGAUCAAAAACAGGGACUUUAUGGACACCAACAGGAAGCACGCGCCUCUCGUCAAGACCAGUGACGCUUUUGAAAUUAAUAACGACUGUUUAACGUUUGACGAGCAGGUCAAAAUUAUUAUUGACAAGGUUAUGGAGAUCAAAAAGAAGGAAUGUGAUGGCUAUCUGUGACUUUAAUAAAAGUGCUAAAGUACUGUUCUGC